GGACGGGUUAGACCCUAACUUCGGGUUGUACACCGAAUUGAACGAACUGACGAAGUUUACAAAGCCCUACACAGCCCUAGAUAACAGUACACCCAGAAGGGCCGAUCGCAUCUCGUGUUCCGUAAGCAACGGUUACCAUGGAGAUAGACGCCACACGUGAUUCCAGAAAGCUUCCGAGUUUCACUAUCUAGAGCACGUAUAAAAACGUUGAUGGCACUUUUCGCGCUCGACAAGAUAUACUCCAGCCGUAUUAAAGCUAUCGACGAAAGAAUUGAAGAAGCCUUGGAGGAGAUUGACAGAUAUUUAAAGAACGGAAAUCAAAAGGACUUGACAAAGCACCGAAAAAGCUCAUUUCACAGCUUGGAAAACAUUUCAACAGACCACAAUGCAGUCAAAGAAUGCCUGCAAAAGAUGCUGCACUUAUGUCAUGAGCAGCCAGACUCAAUGGAAUCCAUGUUCAGCAUCCUCAAGAAGAUGGCCCAGCAUUCCUUGCCUUUCCAAGCAGCUUGCGACUGUGGUAUAUGCACUGACUGCUUGGAAGAUGCUUGUGAUAUUGUCUGCAAGAAGCAGCAUCCACGCAUAGGAAGUGCAAAGGACUGUUCAUCAGACUUUCAGUCAAGUGAAGAUGUCAAGUCUCUGUGGUGCAGCAUAUGUUACCACAUUCAAGCCUACAUAACUCGCCACCUCGUUGGUGACAAAGAGGUGCUUUCCCCAAAGCAAGGUCUUGUCCAUGACACCAACUGGGAGAGCUACUUUGAAAUGCUCCGCCUUCUGUUUGUUCCUGGCCAGAUACAGCGCAUUCACCAGUGGGUUCGUUCAGAGCAGUUGCGGCAUGCCAGCUGUCCUUGCAAGCCCACAUUUUCGACAUGUUGUGUCAGCUGCUUGAUACAGUGGUGUGUACAGAGCCUGGCAAAAGAUGUAGCAAUGAGGCCUUCCUUGGGUAUGACAUGGCAUGAUCUCAGUGACUGUUACAUAUCCAGUGUGCGUGCCAACGUAAUGCUGUGCCUCCAAGAGCUGCGCAGCCACUGGCAAAGAAGACAUGAAGUCAAAGACAAGUCUCACUUCUUACCAUGCCUUCUGAAUCCAAACUCUUGCUGGGCGCACAGAGACACCACCAAACACAGUUGGGAUGCCAGGCCCUGUAAUGCAGAUAUGGAAUCGCAGCAAAGUGAUAGUUACAUUGCCUGGACUGAUCACUGGAUUGUGGUGGCAGUUGUCAACCUCAUAAAUGAACUGCACUGGUUUGAGCAGCAACUUAGUGGAAUUAGCUGCAGAACAUGGGCUGUGCUGUCCAAAAGCCCACAACAAUCAUCAGCUGAUGGUGUUACAGCAUGGGAUGAGCCUUGCAUUUGGGACUGGCGACAGCUGCUGGCAACCUCUGGUAUCCUCACAUUGCUUCAGCAGAGCAUUCAAGACCUCAUCCAGAUUAAGUGGCCUCUUCACCAAAAAGACAGCGUGUCAGUUGAACUAACUGGCAGAAAACUACAAGUCAAUGAUAGAGCAUUCCGUGCUGUUCACUACUUGGCUGUCUAUGAACCAGCCAUAAGUGCCUGCCAAGGAGUGCUGGGACCCUUCCGCGCUUCAUUCAUACAUGCUGUGCACGUUGCCUUGGGCCAAGCUGUAGAAGACCUUGAAACCAGAUUUGGGCACAGGAUCCACCUGCCCCAGAACCUGUACAUCAUGCUCAACACAGGCUGUUACUUGGAAAAUUCUUUGCUGAACUGUGCCUCUGCGCUUUCAGGAAAAAAUGAGGGCAUUUCAACAGCACCAUUUCAUGGCCUGCAACAGAGAGUUGCAGCAGCUAUUAAACACACUGAGAAACUAAUUUUCGUGCAUCACCUUAAAUGGCUGGCAAGCUGCAUUGCCCCAAGCAGAAACAGUGCAUUAGUCCUUAAGAGAGCAUGUGCCUGGAACCUGUAUGUGAAAGCCUUGUGCAGUGACCUCAAAUGUCAAGUAGGUCCCAGUCAGUGUAGCUGUGCCUUGAGGCAGCUUCUCACUGAAAUGCUCAGGCAGGCAAGAUCAUUGAAAAUGUUGUCCCAAGAGUCUGAACUAAGAUUGGUUCUGCACAGUGCAUAUGAUGCACUUUUCCUAGUCUGCAGCAACACCCAAGAACUUCUUGGGCUGCCCGCAAGCCCAGUUGCAGCAGGGCCCAUUGCUGAACUUCACGGGCACUGCAAUGCUCUGUUCACUUCAAUAUCCACAAAAGACUCUGCCACAGAACAUGAUGAACAGCAACCUGACAACAAACACGAUCCACAACAGCCACACCAACAGGCCCCGUGGCUGUGCUUCGUACAACCUUCCCUGUUCCCUGGUCCUCCAUGGGCACAGCUUCCCACAAACACCCGAAUCUGGCUUCCAUUGGCUUUAUGCCUGGCCAGUGAGAGACCGCACCCACUGCUGCUCUUACAGAAUGCAUGA